AUGAAAAAUCAUGAAGGCGAUCCAUCUGGAAGAAAAAUCAAGCUGUCAACUAGAAGAGUUGCCACUCUCAACGCCACUAAUAUACUAACUGUAAUAGCCUUCUUGAUUGUGCACCUAAUUGUAAUCCAUGCCCAACAAACAUCUUCUUCCAAGACUUGGUUCUUAUUGCCGAGACAUUUGACAGAAAAUGUCAACUCCCUAUCAUCAACACAAGUCAAUACGAAUCCAAAUACUAUCACACCCAUCCAGUCAUCAUCAUCGUUGUCAUCAUCAUCACUAACAGACCUCAUUCCGACAUUGUCCUCCUCCUUCUAUAAAACCAUAAAAACAAUUCCACCACAUGCUCAACCCAACCCCAACGAAACACAAGACUCUCCGAAUGACACUCCACACAUUCAAGAUUUAUUUCAAUCCACCUACAACAAUUCUCUUUAUUUAAAUUUCACCUAUUAUUUUGAUGAGGAAUCGGAUUUUGUCGAUCGAGUGUGUACGUUUGAUCUUCCCUGUAGUGAUCUUCAUGAUAUCAUGUUUGCUGUGAAUAGCACUCUUUAUUCAGAGAGUUAUUAUUAUAAUUUUACAAUAGUACCAAAUAUUGAAAGAUUUGUCAUUGUGAAUAUUGUGUUAAAAAGUAAUGCUGUAUUGAUCUAUUUGGGAUUAACAGUUCCAUCCUUCCCAAAUUUGAAAUAUUUAUUUCAUUGGACAAGUCAAGAGGGUGAAAUAAGAAAGAAUGUUGAUUGGUUAUCUUUUUUGGAUCCUCCAUCAAGGACAGAUAUCGUUUGGAUUUGUUUCUCAAAUCUCCAUUUAACGGGGUAUGAUAAUUCCAUCACACUUACAACUUAUAAUGUUGGAGUUUAUAAUUGUCAAUUUGAGAAAAUAUUUCUUCUUCCCUUUUUUGGUUCGACUUUAAUUUAUGAAAAAACUUCUCUCACUCAAGUAGACACUCGAAGAAUUGAAUAUUGUGAAACAGUAAUAUUUUAUAAUGUGGACUUGAAAGAAGAGUGUAAAAUACGUUUUCAACAAGUGAAUACUUUCAUCUUUAAUAAUGUGAAAGCCAUUGAGAGCUCAGUAGCAACCAUUCAAAUCGACUUUUCAAGAAAAACAUUCAUAAGAAAUUCAGUAUUUAAGAAUUAUUCAUCCAAAUUUGCCUUAACCAGUAAUGUGGAAGUGACUUUUGAAAAUUGUGUAUUCGACCAUGUGGUAACCUCAACAUUUGCACACUAUGGAGCUAUUGUCACUGCGUUUUUGGAAAACACAUUAUCCAUUCGAAAUUGUACUUUUUCGAGAGGAUAUUCAGCAGUUUAUGUUCGAGAGUAUACUAAAUUAGAAUUGAUCACCAGCCAAUUCUUUAAUAAUACUGUGACGAUCAUUAUUGAAUCCAAUGACAUGUUUACUCUGAACUCUGUCGUAAACCUUAUUGGAUGUGCUAUUUUGACCAUAAUUGAUUGCAAGUUUGAUCACAACGUUGGAGCACAAAAGGGUUCUGCCCUCUAUAUCAAGGAUUCCAUGGAUGCCGUUAUUCAUUGGACCUCCUUUAUGAACGGAAACGGAAGUGCCAUCUAUGUGGAAAAUAUCAAGACUACAAGUCAAGAAAAUUUUUCCAUUCGAAUUCUCAAAUCAAGGUUUGAAAAUAAUUACAGUGAUGACUAUGGAGGUGCUAUUCGAUUGUUGACAUCCAUCAAGCACUUCUCUAUAGAUCUAUCCAAAUUCAUCGGAAAUCAAGCAAGAUAUUCAGGAGGUGCCGUUUUCAUUGAAUUAGUCCAACAAGUGAGCUGGAUUGCUGGCAGUCUUUUCCAAGACAAUCGCGUUCUCUACAGUGGAUCUCAUGACCAUGAACAGUUCUACAAAGGAAGAGGAGGAGCUGUUUUUCUCCUCUUCUCAACACCCACUCCUCUCGCCAUUGCUGAUUCUUUCUUUGUACACAAUCAAGCUAAUAUUGGAGGAGCUCUCUCGUAUGCCUACACAAGUGUUAAGAACAUCUUUAAUUGUACCUUUGAAAAGAAUGUGGCACAAAAGACAGGAGGUGCCAUCUUUCACUUCUCACCUUCACCGAAGACAAGCACCAACUUUUCAAUGGUGCAAUUUGAAAAUAAUCAAGCAGGUGUGUAUGGAAAUGAUUACUUUAGUUCUGUCACGUCUGUGAGGUUUGAUCAAAUUGAAGUCGAGUUGUAUCCAGGCCAAACGGUGAAUAUUUCGCUAACCACAUUUGUGGAUACCACACAAGCUCCCACUAAUGUCGAAAGUUAUUUAGUUUCAACUUCAAAUCAAAAUUUAGAGAUGGGUAUUCAAGAAUAUUCAAACUUUGUCAGUCUCAAACUCUACUCCUUCAUCGAUAUUGAAACAUUACAAGGAAGUAUCAUCCACACGACACUUUUACUCGAAUCCAAGAAAAAAACUUCUUUUUUCAAGUUCAAAUUAAUGUCAUGCCCAAAAGGAAAAUUGUUACAAAAUUCCAUGCUCCCUGAAAUUAACAAAUUUACAUUUGUUUGUGUCGAUGAGCCGUCAAAUUCUCUUGGAUUAAUUCUUGGUAUUUCCAUUCCUUUCUUUCUAAUAUUUUUUUUAUUAGGUUCUCUUUUCACCAGUGGUUGCAUUUUCAUUGCUUGGCGAAUCAAACAAAAAUUGAAUAGACUUGCCAUAAAAGAAAAAGCUGAAAAGGAUGUAGAAAAGAAAAUACUUGAUAAGAAAAUUAUUUUUGACAAUUGGGCGAAAGGUCCAACGGUUAGCAAUGCCAGUGAAGACUCCAUGACAGCUCCUCUGAUUCACAAUGACAGUUGUGACGCUACUCUUUCACACACUAGUCAUGAGAUGAGACAAUUCAAAAACAAGAAGGAAUCAUUCUUGAUUUCAAUUGAUGAUUUAAAAAUUAUCAAAAAAAUUGCUGAGGGAGGUUAUGGUGUCAUUUAUCAGGCCAAGUUAUGGAACAAAUUGGAUGUGGCAAUUAAAACUCUGAAACAAAUUGAUGAUGGACUCAUUAACGAUUUACAAGAUGAUGAAGAAUUUGAAAAGGAAGUUUCUGUAUUAGCAAAUUUAAAUCAUCCAAACAUUUUGAAAUUUUAUGGAAUUUCAGUGACUGAAACUAGCAAGUACAUGAUUACAGAGUAUUUAGAGAAUGGAUCCUUAGAAAGAAUGUUGCAAAGUUGUAGAUUUGGAAAAACUAUUUUAUCAUUUGAAAAGAAAUUGCAAAUGCUUGAGGAUGUGAGUUGUGGAAUGAACUAUCUUCAUUCUCUGAAUCCAGCAAUUAUUCAUAGAGAUUUAAAACCAGGAAACAUUUUGAUCAAGAGUGAUCAUACCUGUAAAGUUUGCGAUUUUGGAUUAUCGAGAGUGAUUGGAAAUAAUACAAACAAAACCAUGACUAAGAAUGUUGGCACCUUUUUCUACAUGAGUCCAGAACUCAUCUCGGAUGCCACUAGCUAUGGAGAUGGAAUUCAAGUUGUGCCCAAUUCUCAAGAAAAAGCAUUAAGAGCGACCAAGAUUGAUAUAUAUAGCUUUGGAAUUAUCAUGUGGGAAUUGUUUUUUGAGUUAAUUCCAUAUUCUGAAAGUCCAAAAAUUGGAACUCAAGGAAAAGGAAUUGCAUUUGUGAAUAUUUUGAGUUGUGUCAUGCAAGGAGCAAGACCAGCAAUUCCUUUCCAAAAUAAGGAAGAGUUGAAAGAAUGGUUACAAUUAUAUCCUGUAAUGGCCAGAGAAGGAGGCCAAAGUGCAACGAACUGUGAUUUAGAAUCCAUCAUUUUGAGCUAUUUUGAAUUGGUAAGAAGAUGUUGGAGUCAAGAGGUUAUACAUCGUCCAUCUUUUGCAGUCAUUCUCGAAGAACUCAGAAAACUGAAAUCCAAACUCUCGUGA